AUGAGAAGAAACUUCACUUUGGUGAGUGAGUUCAUUCUCCUGGGACUCACCAAUCGCCUGGAAUUGCAGAUUCUCUUCUUCCCCCUAUUUCUAGCCGUUUACAUGGUCACAGUGGCAGGAAAUUUGGGCGUGAUUAUGCUCAUCCAGGUCAAUGUCCGGCUCCACACACCCAUGUACUUUUUCCUGAGCCACUUAUCCUUUGCAGAUCUGUGCUUCUCCACCAAUGUGACUCCAAAGAUGCUGGAGAUUUUCCUCUCAGAGAAGAAAACCAUUUCCUAUUCUGCUUGUCUGGUGCAGUGUUACUUCUUUAUCACCUUGGUCCAUGUGGAGAUCUAUAUCCUGGCCGUGAUGGCCUUUGACCGGUACAUGGCCAUCUGCAACCCUCUACUUUAUGGCAGCAAAAUAUUCAAGAGUGUCUGUACAUCCCUCAUCACAGUGCCUUAUGUGUAUGGAGCUCUCACUGGGCUGAUGGAGACCAUGUGGACCUACAACCUGGCCUUCUGUGGCCCCAAUGAGAUUAACCACUUCUACUGUGCUGACCCUCCACUGAUUAAGCUGGCUUGUUCUGACACUUACAACAAAGAGACAUCAAUGCUUGUUGUGGCUGGGUGUAACCUUUCCUUUUCACUCCUCAUUAUCCUUGUUUCCUAUUUUUAUAUUUUUCCUGCCAUCCUGAGGAUCCGCUCUACAGAGGGCAGACACAAAGCUUUCUCUACCUGUGGUGCCCAUCUGACAGCUGUCACCAUAUUCUAUGCAACUCUUUUUCUCAUGUAUCUCAGACCCCCCUCAAAGGAAUCUGUGGAACAGAGGAAAAUGGUGGCUGUAUUUUAUACCACGGUUAUCCCCAUGUUGAACCCCAUGAUUUAUAGCCUUAGAAAUAAAGAUGUGAAAGAGGCAUUUACCAAAAGGUUGUUGAGAAAAAAACUACUUUCUUAACAUAUCUUAUUAUUCUUUGUUCCCAAAAGUUUAUCUAGACCAUUUUGUCAAGAUUUAGGAAAGAACCAGUGAUAAAAUGGGAAAUCAGGUAUACCAAGUUAGAACUCUGCAUUUUAAAACUGUCAUAAUAUAAAUAUAUAAAAUGUUGAUUGCAAAGUUUUACCUGCUUGUUAUACUCAUUCAUAUUAAUUAGUUUUUUGUUUUUGUUUUUUUUUUAGUUCUUUGUUAGGCAUAUAGUAGAAUGAUAUUUCUAGUCAUUUUGGG